CCUUCCGGCACCGGCUGAGGGCAGGUGGAUGUUUGAGAACAUUUGUUUAUCCUGCGGUGGUGGGACUUCAUGACAGUGUUCCUCUGGAACUCGCUCAAUUUUACAACAAGCUCGUACCAUCGUCAAAACUCUUUUCAAAGGUCACGCAGCAAAACUUAUCCGAGACUAGGAUUUUUGCCGGGAGAGAAACUGCAGUAGGAUAUGCCGAGGAGAGUUUCUGCUACUUUUUCUGGGGAGUAGCUGGUAAAAUCCAAGUCCUGGAUAUCACUCACAGGGACAAUGUUACAUUUUAGAACAGCAACAACGUGCACCAUUGCUGAAUCACCGGAGCCUGUUCGGAGGAGUAACAUUCGAAGGGUCCGCCUGACUCUGCACAGUGAUGGCAACUCGACCUCAACGGGGGAUGAAACCAAAAAGAGGGGCAAAGCAGAAACGGAGGACAAAACGAAUACAGGAAACAGCCAGAAAUGCAAUGAAUUUCUCCAAACUGAAAGUGACAGAACACAAUCAUUAAAAUUGCAUGUUUCCAAUGGCUUGGGUCCAGAGACAUCUCCUCACAGGCGGAUGUAUGGAGUGGUGAAGAGUGCAGAUGCAAAUAAGACCGAGGUGGUUGUGUAUGAAUGGUCAGUGAACCAGCUUAAAGAGGAAAUGAACUACAUUAAAGAGGUGAGACAUUCGUUGGAGAAAGUUAGACAACAAAUGUUUGGUGAGUUUAAUGGAAUGAAGAAGCAAUUACAAGAACUCUCAAAUGAAGUGAAGGCAUCCGAGGCACGGCAGGAAUUGCUGCAGAAGGAGGUGAGGAGCAACUCUGCAGCCCUUGAGCAGUGCAGCCAGAUGAACAACUCCCUGACAGCUCUGACGAUUGACAUGCAGAGAUCUUUCCUUGAUUCGACAGUAGUUGCCAACAAGAGGAGGGAGGAAAUGGAAUCACUCCGCAAGAAAUAUCACAAAUCACUGGAGCAAACGAAAGAAAAGGAUCAGCAAAUUGAGAAUGCACAAGCUGAAAAUCAGAUUCUCAAACUAAAGAUAGAAUCUUCCCAGGAAGCCAAUGCCAGUGCAAUGCGAGAUAUGACCAAGAAGCUCUAUGAUCAAUAUGAAGCGAAACUAAAAGAGGCCAAGAAACAACACCAAGCUGAAAUGGAGGCCAUUCAGGCCCGAAUAAACCAGGCUGUCCAAGAACUGGAAGAAGCCAACAAGAAGGCUGCAGAAGCAGAACAGAAAAUAGCAGAAAGGGACCAGAGGAUUCAAGAACUGGACGAAUUCAUUGCUCGAAUGGGGAAGGAGCGUCACCUUUUACAACAGAAGUUACAAGAACAGGAGAGACAGCUCUGGCAGCUCCAACAAAGGGAUGAACUAGACUCAGGAAACCUCAGAAGGUCUCAGAAACUGGAGGAGGAAGCUGCCAGUCUGCGGGAAAGAAUUCAGCACCUGGACAACAUGGUACACUGUCAACAGAGAAAAGUCAAGCAAAUGAUUGAAGAGAUAGAAGUCCUGAAGAGUAAAAUUGAACAAAAAGAUGUGACAAUCGAAGACUUGAUGGAAAGGAUUUCAUUUUUGGAAGCUGAGAAUAAAGAACUCCAGGACAAACUUGACUAUAUGAUGUCUUUGGAUCAACGCAAAAUGGUGCAAACCAGUGAACAAGCAGUUUCAUGUGAUAUUCCCAUCAGGAAUACUCCAGUAAAAGGCAGGCGGGAGUUUCCGGUCUGGAGGAGGAGACUUCCGGUGUCAUGGCGGCCCCCGGGCUUUGGUGACGGUUUCGGGUUUGACUCGGCUCUGGCCACAAUGUCAACGGCGCUGACAGAGCGGCAGGGAGUCAUAGGGGACCUGCAGCAGAAAUCAAAGGCCGAGCUGCUGGAGCUGCUGAGGCGGCAGAAAAAACUCCAGGCCAAUCGGAAGUUUAUCCAGAGCCUGCCAGACAAAGGUAAACGAAUUGCUGAGUUUAUAAAAAAACUAGAAGCAGCAAUUUCUCAGCAUGAAGAAGUGGAGCGAGCAGCUGAAAUGCUUUCAGCUUUUAAACUGGAGUUUCAAAACAAGCAACAGGUGAUAACGCCUGACAAGGAGGAAAUUCUCAAUCUCAAGACGGCAUCCCCAACUCUAACACCAGGGCAAGAAGUUGGAAACCAAUUGAAGGAUUGUAAUGAAGCUGAGAAAUGUGAAUAUGUUUUGAGAAAAGAUGAUGGUGAAGCAACUAUAAACAGAGACAAAUUAAAUUGGGAGAGACAUGCAGUAUUUGAAAAAGACCAUGCACCAUCAGGAAGGUUCACAGCUAAGAGUGCUACAAGAACUGAGAACUCUCAGGAUUCUGUGUUGGACAACCAGAGAACCAUGUAUAUACAGCAGGAAAGAAACAAUCCUGUCCAUCUGCAUGACAUGGCAAAUGACCUGGAAGCAGAUCUUGUCAAUAGAGCUGACUUGCUUAGUGACAGGCUUGACAAAGUUACUCUGACAGAUAAUGGGCACAGAAAAGUACCUCAUAAAAUCCAUGAUGAUCCAACUUUAAACGAUAAUGUCAAAUUUAAUGACAAUCCAUUUCAAGCUCUGCACCUAGAAAAGAAAAGACCUCAUUAUAUUGACAUACUGGAGCACAGGGCCAAGAAUCCAAUGAUGAAAAGAGCACAAUUCAAAACUAACCACCCAAUACAGGAAUCACCCAGUUCAUCUCCACAUGAAUCACCUGGCAGAUCGGCACUAAAACUGUCUCCAGCAGAGCGAAGGUUAAGGGACCGAAAACAUCUGGAUGAUGUCACAGCUGCUAGACUGCCUCCACUUUACCAUUCUCCUGCUCAACUACUGUCGGUAGAAGAGUCUAGAGAACUACAAAUAUCACAGAAGCAAAAGUAUGAGUCCACACAGGCCAAGUUAGCUGCGGAAAAACUAACACAAAGAUUGAAUGUUAAAAUGAUGAACUUUGACCCGGAAGGCGCAUCUGCUACAGCUUUUCGAGAAUAUAGGGAUCGAGGAGACAGCAAUUCUUCAGAAGAAGAUUUGAGCUGACAAACAUCCCUCCAAUAAUGAAAAAUCAAAAGUUGUGCCUUAGUGGUGACAAUUGAGAGGCUGUAAACAAGCUGUCCUAUCUAUGCAAAAAUUCUAUUGCAACAUGUAACAUAGUUUUCAUACAUAGGUUUACAGAGGCUAACGCUGGUCCUUUUAUUCUUGACAUUAUAAGUAAAUUAUACCAUAUGUACAUUGUGUAAAUUGUAUAGAUGAGAAGUCUUGUGCAGCAUGGAAGGCGAGUGGUCGUUCACUUUGCACCAAUAUUGUCUGUUUCACUUUUUUAAUACUAUUGCUGCACUGCACAUUUUAUUAAUUCAAAGAAUAAACUAUUUGCAUAUUAUACAACAAAGUAAAAUUAAAGUCAAAAAUAUUGAUCAUUUAAAAGUGAAUAGAUGAGUGAGCUGUUUUAAUUUGUGCUUUAAAAAGUUGUGAAGAAAGGUAAAGUUGAGUCAUUUAUUUCUGUCACUGGCUAUUGGUAAUACAUUGUGUCACUAAAGCAAUAUUGUUUUUAAAAAGUAGGGAUAAUAAAUUGCAACAUGCAAUGGUUUAUUUUUAUAAGGCAUAUUUUCCUAGGUGCUUAAUGGUCUGACCUGUUACAUUGCGCUGACUUAUCUUUGGUGCAAUUUAGCUAGAAUUAGUGUAAUGUACACAAAAUAUUGCAGAAUUUUAAAUGCAAUUUGUGUUCAACACAAUUCUAGAUUCUGUGAUCAUUUGCACUAAUUUUAAGAAUAUACUUGUAUAAGUAGGUCCUACCCAUAGUGCAAUGAUACCCAAUCCAUGUUUCUUCUCAUUGUGUGUAGGCCUUUCUAGUAGGUUUUUAAAGUUAAGGUUUUAAGUGAACUUAAGUUUAUUUUGGUGCAAGAUAUCUUCCUUCCCACCCAACAGAUUAUUAAUCUCUGUCUUGAAUAAACUUAAUCAUUAAGCAUUCACUGAUCCAAGAUUAAGAAAAAACACCUUUUGGGUGAAGACGUUUUUUUUCCCCUCACUUUUGUUGUAAGUGGGCAAUCCCUUAUUCUGAAACAACGGCCUGUAGUUCUCAACUCCCCAGUCAGAAGAAAUUUCCCAGGCAUUGACAUUAUCAAUCCUUUUAACAGUUAUGCAUUUCUGUGAGACCAGCUCUUACUUUUCCAUAUUAUUUAUUUACAUAGGUUAAAUGUUACAUAGUAUUAGAUAUGCAAAUUAGUUUGAGCAGAACUCCAGGGAAACAUUUUCAAAAUGGAUGCAGAGUUGUGCUGGAAACAGUAAUUAUGCCUAAAGCAGAAACUGUGCCCCAGUAUCUGUCCAACCCAUAUCAUUGUAUGGCAUGAAAAAAUUAGAGAUUUAAAACAAGUGUUAUUUACAGCCUUGUUUACAAUCCUCCAUUUAAAUCACUUUGGGAACCAGUUGAAACCGGACUUGACUAUACAAUGUAAAUUUAAUCUAGAAGAUUGGAAGGAAAUUUAUUUUGACAUUGUCUUGUUCCAUCUACGUUAUUUGUGGCCCUAAAAUUUUUUCUACCUAAACCAAGCAAGUCCAUAACCUUAGUUUGGACAGAUUGAGUCAAUCUCUUAGCAGACACAGCCUGUUUGAAUUAAAUGAAGAAGUUUCCAACUCAUGUUUGGAACCACAUCCUAUGAAGAGAUUGGUAUCUUCAGGAAAAAGAAGUAAGAUCAUCUAUUCCUAAAUGGUUUCCAUAAAGCUAACUGGGAGGGUAGUAAUCCCUAUAAAUGAUGACUGCAUUCAAAUUGAAAUCUUUUAGUGAUUGAGUCAUGGAGUCACACAGCACAGAAACAGACUGUUCAGUCCAACUCUUCCAUGCUGACAAAGUUUCUCAAACUAAUCUAGCCCCACUUGCCUGUACUUUGACCCAUGUCCGUCUUAAAUUUUCCCUAUUCACGUACCUAUCCAAAUGUCUUUUAAAUGUCGUGACUAUUCCCACAUCUACCACUUCCUCUGGCAGUUCAUUCCACAUACAAACCACCCUCUGCAUGGAAGAAGUUGCCCCUCAGACCCCUUUUAAAUCUUUCCCCUCUCACCUUAAAAAGAUGCCCCCUAGUUUUGAGCUACCUCACCUAGGGAAAAGACCUUUGCUAUUCACUUUAUCUAAGCCCCUCAUGAUUUUAUAAACCUCUGUAAGGUCACCCCUCAAGUUCCUACGCUGCAGUGAAUAAAAGUCCAGGCUAUUCAGCCUCUCCUUAUAAUUCGAAUAUUCUAGUCCAGCAAUAACCUUGUAAAUCUUUUAAUAAUGUUCUUCCUAUAGACCAGUGCUGUACACAAUACACCAAAAGUGGCCUCACCAACGUAGAUGUUUCUGAAUUGUUGCUAACACACCAUUCAUGUCAGGAGAUGAUAUUGUGAUUUUUAUACUAGAGGAGUUUUACCUCUUUAUUUUCUUCCCCCUUCUAGCCAAAUCUUGA